GUUAGAAAAAGAAAGAAUCUUUUCAGAGCAGCUUCGGUCUGUGUAAAGAAAAAGAGGGGGAGGAACUGGGCAGGAAGCUGUAAUUUAUGUGUCAGAUCAUCCACCGCCUACAGGUUUGUAAGGCAAAGAAAACAUUUUACUUCUCUUCUUAAGAGGAAGACCAGAAUUGGCACCAGAAGAUUUUUGUUCAAGUCCCCAUUUCUGCCAAUAUUUGAGUGAACCUGGGAAAAUGGAAGCUCCUUUAAAAUGGAUAUUAUUUUUCUUCAUAUCCAAGAUACUGGCUCAGAGUAGAAGUUUAUUAAAUAUUUAUUGAAUUGAUCAACUGAAUUUAUUAUAUCUCAAUGGAGUGUGGAGCACUAUGUAUGCCAUGCUAGAAAAAGCAACUAACCAACUCAGGCACUGGAAAUACAAAUACAAAGUCAAGUAGUUACGGAAUUCUAGUUGGUUGAAACAAUAUUCUUUUUGUGUGUCCCAUAAUUAAGUUGUUACAAGAUGAUUUGGAUAUUGCUUGUGCUUGCAUUUAUGUUCUCCUGGCAUCUUCUGAAUGCCUUUUCUGUAUCUGUUCCCAAAGAGAAAUAUAGAACACAUUAUGGCAGCAACGUGACUAUGGAAUGCACCUUUCCAGUGGGAGAAAAAUUAGACCUCAGUGCCCUUACAGUUUAUUGGGACAAGGAAGGAAAAUUUCUUGUGAAAUUUGUUGAUGGUAAAGAAGAUCUCAAAAUUCGAAAAAGCAACUCAAGAUUAAGGCAUUUGAAUGACCAACUAUAUAAGGGAAAAUCUCUGCUUCAUAUCACCAACGUGACAGUAAAAGAUGCUGGAGCUUACCGCUGUAUUAUUGGUUACGGGGGAGCUGAUUACAAGUGGAUUACUUUAACUGUCAAUGCCCCAUACAACAAAAUAAACCAGAGAAUUAAAAUGGAUCCAGUCACUUCUGAAUACGAAAUCACAUGUCAGUCAGAAGGUUAUCCUAAAGCAGAAGUCAUCUGGAAAAGUAGAGAUCAGGAUCUAAGUAACAAAGCUACAGUGACAUAUUCAGUUGGACCAGAAAAGCUAUUCAACGUGACAAGCACUCUCAGAGUCAAUGCCACAGUGAAUGAAUCUUUCCAAUGCUUGUUUCAGGAAAAGGAUACUGGAAAAAAUAUUUCAGCUCAGAUUGUCAUCCCAGAGAAUUAUGCAGCAACUAAGAUAGACUCAAGAACUUACUUUGGGACUUUAGGAGCUGUCUUUUUCGUUGGAUUGAUUCUGAUGCUUCUCUGCUUUAGAAAAAAACAUGUGAGAAUGAUAGCCAAAGAGAAAAAUUACCUUUCCACAUAACAACAACUUUUCAGACAACAAACUCCAAUAUGAUACAAAUACUGGGAAGGCACCAAUCUAGCAUCUCAGCUUCUGAUUUAAGUUUCUGGCAUUCUCAGUCCUCCCACUUUGGAAUUCCCUUCGUGCUUAGCAGUAUCCAUGAAAUGUGCUCCAAACACCUCAAGGCCUGGGAAGAAAACAAGGGGAGAGAAUGGUGUGAUGGGGGAAAAAAAGAGAGAAGAAAGACAUAGAAAAUGAAUGGGAGAAAACCCCGGUCUGCUUCAGAGGAUAGUUGAAUCUCUUUUGAGAUGAUACUCAAGAAAUAGUUCCAGCCUGCUUUGAGGAAACACAGGCUGAUAAAAAAAUGGAGUAGUAUCUUUGACUGUUGAUGCUUCCAGUCAUAGUUUACACAAAUCUAUUGUUUGUUCCUAAGAAA